AUGAUUUUUCAGUUUGUGGAUAACUUUAUUGAGAAAUUGGAUGCUGGUAAGGACCAUCUUGUGCAAGUGGUCACAGAUAAUGCAUCAAAUAAUAUGGCAGCAAAGGAUUUGCUUUAUGUCAAGAGACCCAACCUAUUUUGGACUUCCUGUGCAACCCAUAAAAUUAACCUAAUGCUUGAAGGAAUUGGAAAGAUGAAAAGGUUCAAGAAUGUAAUUGAUUCAGCAAAAGGAUUGACCAUAUUUAUUUAUGCACACCACAGCACUUUGUCUCUAAUGAGGAAGUUCACAAAGAAAAGAGAUAUUAUUAGGCCAGGUGUGACAAGAUUUGCCUCCGCUUUUCUCACUUUACAAAGCUUGUAUGAGAAGAAAGAGCAGCUAAGGAUGAUGUCCCAAAGUGAGGAAUGGUGUAAAAUUAGUCAUGUGAAGAAAAGUGCUAAAGGUGUAACAGCCACAGCCACAUUGGUGAAGCCAACCUUUUGGAAUGGUGUUUCUCUUUGUUUGAGAGUAUUUGAGCCAUUAGUUAAAGUUCUUCGCCUUGUUGAUGGAGACAUUAAACCAUCAAUGCCUUGGGUGUAUGGUGAAAUUCUUAAAGCCAAGGAAGAAAUUAGAGUGGCUGUAGGAAACUUAGACAAGACAGGGACUGGUUUGUACAAGAACCUUAUGGAAGUUGUGGAGGGAAAAAUGAAGAAAAGAUUGGAUUGUCCUAUUCACAUGGCUGCAUAUUGUUUAAACCCUUAUUAUAGCUACAAUAGUCCCUCAAUCUUUGACAAUGAGGAUGUGGUAGAUGGGUUUUAUGUAGCUAUUGAAACAUUCUACCAUGGUGAUUUUCAGAAGCAAAAUGAAAUGAUCAAUAAUGACUUUCACAAGUUUAAGGACAAACUUGGACAUUUUGGGAAAAAAGUAGCUUUGUUUGGCUGCAAGGAUCCUGAAUUCAAUCCAGCUAAGUGGUGGGCAAAUUAUGGAACACAAGUUCCAUUACUUCAAAAGUUUGCUGUUAGAAUUCUCUCUUUGACAUCAAGUGCUUCAGGUUGUGAAAGGAAUUGGAGCUGUUUUGAAGGGAUCCAUACAAAGAAAAGGAAUAGACUCACAUGUGACAGAGUUGACAAGCUUGUGUAUGUUAGAUUCAACCAUAUUCAUGCAAAGAGAAGAAUUAGAGCCCAAAAGAAUAAAAAGGCAGAUCCUCUUGUAGCAACCGAUGCAACUUUUGCUCAAGGAUGGAUGGUUGAUGGUGCUGAGAAGGAUGAAGAAGGGUCUGAUGUUGAGCCGGUGACCGGUCUCACAUGGAAAUUGAUUGCUGAGACAUGUGGUGCUGAAGAGGUCACAAAACUACGUAGGAGUGCAAGAUUGACUGUUCAAAGAGAGGUUGAAGACACACCGCUGUCUGAAACUGAAAGUGAAGAAGCACCACAAGAGGAAGAUGUUGACUUUGAGUCAGAUCAAGAUGAUGUGAUCACAGCUGGAUAUGAGCUAGAUGCGGAGGAAGACAACGAUGGCUGA